AUUUUGGGCGCGUUGACGGCGGGAUCGCUGACAGUUACGGAUCCUGUGACACCUUCUGGCAGCCCGGCACUUGUUGCUUCCAGGACCUGUUGUCAUCUCUUACCCGCCUUUUCCCCUUGCACCUUGCCCCUUCGUAGCUUCUCUCCUUUUCAUGUGAUCACCUGGGACGCCGGCCUCUCGGACACCGCUGCUCCGGCUGGAGAAAUAGAUGGUUUAAAAAAAAAAAAAGAAAGAAAGAAAUUAAACACUGCCUUGAAGAGGGGCCCCGCUGGGCAGGAUCAGGAGCGCAGAGCGCUAGCCCGGGCGCCGCAGAGGUGGCGCCUCCCCGGCCCGGGACCGUGGCCCCAGGCGCAGACGGCAUGACGGACCCGGCGACAGCUAACGGGGACGACAGGGACCCCGAAAUCGAGCUCUUCGUGAAGGCUGGAAUCGAUGGGGAAAGCAUUGGCAACUGUCCUUUCUCUCAGCGUCUCUUUAUGAUCCUUUGGCUGAAAGGAGUCGUAUUCAAUGUCACCACUGUGGAUCUGAAAAGAAAGCCUGCGGACCUGCACAAUCUAGCCCCUGGCACCCAUCCGCCCUUCCUGACCUUCAACGGGGACGUGAAGACAGACGUCAAUAAAAUCGAGGAGUUCUUGGAGGAGACCUUGACCCCUGAAAAGUACCCCAGACUGGCUGCAAAACACCGGGAAUCCAACACAGCAGGCAUCGACAUUUUCUCCAAGUUUUCUGCCUACAUCAAAAACACCAAGCAGCAAAACAAUGCAG